AUGACUCUCGCUGGUCCUAAGUGCAACAUGCUCCAGACGUUGCGCGAGCUGAGGCAGCAGUCUCCCUCGGCUGGUGUCAAGAAGCUACUGGCACAGCUCAAAGAGCGAGACCCGGACUGUACGCUUGGCGCAAAGGAGCUGCGGCAGAUGCUGCGAAAGUUUGAUGAUGGAUCUACUGCAGCCGCUGCUCUGGAUACGACUACAUCUGCUGAAGUUCCCAAGCAACGCAUUCCCAAGCAACGCAGUGGGCCAGCUUGCAUCUGCUGGGGCUGUGGGGGUGCUGCCCCCGCCGGUGUCGAGUUCAAGAGCUGCGGUCUCUGCCAGGAGCGGAGGCUGCCCCCUUCCUACUUCUGCAGCGCGGAGUGCCUCAGGAAGCACUGGCCUCGCCACAACGCAUGGCACAAGCACCAGAAGCAACGGGAAAAGUCUCGCUCCGACGCUGGUAAACAGCGUGAUAGUGAAAGCAACCAGCAGCAGCAACAAAUCACCAAAGAGCUUUUGUCUUCAAUGAGCCAGAUGGGCAUGGCUGAGAUCGCCCCGCAGGCGCUGAAAGGGGAAGAGUGGCUGGCAAAGGGCAUACAGUGCAUGGCGAUGCAAGACUACAGAAAGGCUGCCGCGAUCUUCCGCAAGAUCACAGCACUGCCUCCACUCGCGACGCCCGACAACCCUCCCUCCGGAGGCUUUGUUUUGCUUCACACUUUGAUACAGGCACACGCAAACCUCGGAACGGCACUGGACCGAUCUGAUCUGCCUGAUCAAGCAUUGCUGGAAUACAUGAAAGCGCGCGAGCUCGUUGACCUUCAUUAUCAAGGAGAGGGCCGUAAAAUAAACACGGGUCUCCGAGAGGGCUCCGUGUACCGGGGCGAAUCUUCGGUCUGGUUCGGUCUCUUGCUCGCUUUUCGGGCGUCGCCCCACUGCCUCGUCGCGCCCGCAUCCGCGGCCUGCGCGCCGGGGGGGAUCGGUCUGGAAAAAGGAGGCGUGUGA